AUGACUAAAUUGGACACGAGAUUAACUAUAACAUGCCACAAAAUAGUCAAAGUGGUCUUUGCUCCACCAUCGCUUCUCUGCUGGAUCAUCUUCGUUGGUAGUUGCGCUACAGUACACCAGAGCAAAGACCAUAUUGGAAUGAACAUCUGUAUCAAAAUUGAGGAUCCGAGCCUUCCCUGGGACGAUCGAGUCGAUGACCUAGUGGGUAGAUUGACUAUCGAGGAGAUCCAGGGACAGUUGGCCAAGGGUACUGGAGCUACUCCAGAUAUAUCAAGACUCGAUAUUGGAGCGUACUCUUGGUGGACGAAUUGUGGCCGUGGUGAUGUCGGGGCAGGGAAUGCGACCUCUUUUCCGGAAUCUAUUGGCCUGGCCGCUGCUUUCAGCCCUGAUUUGAUGUAUGCCGUGGCAAGGGUUUCUGCCCUGGAAGCUAGAGCUAAAAAUAAUUAUUUCCUAAAACAUGGCCAAUAUGGUGUUCAUAAGGGAUUGAGUUGUUUUAGUCCUAAUCUAGAUAUUUACAGAGAUGCUCGAUGGGGGAGAAAUGAGGGAACAUGGGGUGAAGAUCCAUUUCUCGCUGACGUUUAUGCUCGUGUAUUUGUUAAGGCAAUACAGGGAGAUAAUCCAAGGUAUGCUUUAAUGACAGCAACCUGCAAACAUUAUACUGCUUCCGGGGGUCCAGACAGCUAUCCUGUGUCCAGAAUGAAAUUUGAUGCCAAGGUUUCAAUGCGAGAUUUACAGAUGACAUUUUUACCAGGGUUUAAGGGGUGUAUUGAUGCUGGUAGUUACGGACUACUCUGUGCUUAUAAUAGUAUAAACGGGGUGCCAGCCUGUGCUGAUAAAACUACCCUAGUAGAUGUUUUACGGUCUGACUGGGGAUUUAAAGGAUAUGUUAUAAGUGAUGCUGGAGCUAUUGAAGGGAUGAAGACUGGUCAUAAUUAUUAUAAUAACUCAGUAGAUAUUGUAGCGGGCAGUUUGAAUGCCGGGUGUAAUAUCAAUGCCGCUGGUGGAAAAACCAAAGAUAAGGAUAAUGCUUAUUUUUCUAUGGUUAAGGCUAUUCAAGAAGGCAAACUGACAGAGAAGAUGGUUCGAGAUUUAAUUAAACCAACAUGGUUCACGAGAUUAAGGCUUGGAGAAUUUGAUCCACCAGAGAUGGUACCAUACAAACAGCUAGACCUGUCCAUCAUCCAAACCCCAGCUCAUCGCAUGUUAUCUGUUGAGGCAGCCAUGAAAUCUUUUGUCUUGUUGAAAAAUCGAGGAGAUUUUCUACCAAUGAAACAAACCAAAUAUAAUAAUGUAGCGAUAAUUGGACCAAUGAUAAACAACCCAGAAGCACAGACCGGAAAUUACUCCCCCACCGUCAUGCCUACCUAUACCACCACCCCACUGGAAACUUUAUCUAAAUAUUUAGCUCAUUCUGUCACAUCAACUAAUGGUUGUCUUGGUGAUAAUAAUUGUUUACAAUAUAACCAGACGGCGGUUAUUCAGGCCGUUCAAAAAUCUGACGUCAUCAUCGUCUGCCUUGGUUUAGGUAAAUGA